AUGAGAAUUAGCAAAUAUACAUCAGUGCCUUCAAAGGACUUUGAUAAUGAACAUAAUGAAGGUGCUUUAAGUGAGCAUGGUGAAACUUCGGAACCUCUGUGGGUACAGGGGACCGAUUCUCUACCAGAACAUGAAGACUCCUAUGAAACAAUGGAAGAACAUGAGAUUAUGCUUAGUAAGGAAAGAGGAGAAGACGAUACCAUAGUAGAAGUAAGUGAAAAUUGGGAUAAAGAAGAGUAUUCAAAGAAUAAUAAAAAUGAAAAAUCGAUUCUUCCAUGUCUGAUUAUUGCUACAGUUUUUAUAAUCGCGUGGGUUGGUUCAACAAUCAUAUAUGCAUAUUAUCGUUCUGGGGAUGCUACCCCAGCAAAUAGUUCUUUAAGUAGUAUACAAUUUGAUGAUUUAUACAAUGGAAGUUUUUAUCCUAAAUGGACUUCAUUGGUAUGGAGCACUACUGAUAAUGAUGAUGGUGUAUUCAUUUAUCAAGAUGAUGAUUAUAAUAUUAUUUUGGAACAAGUAUCUGACGGAUCGAAAAAAACUUUAGUGAAGGGCAUAGAUAUUAUCGAUGCAUUCGUCAAGGAUAAUGAUGUAUAUGUAUCGUUAGGACUGACUGAGGAACGGCGAAUAACAUAUGAUGGAUCUGACGUCGUUUUCAAUGGCAUUCCGGAUUGGAUCUACGAAGAGGAAGUUCUUGCCUCAAAAUACGCAUUAUGGUGGUCUCCUGAUGCAAAACGUAUCGCUUAUCUUCGCUUAAACGAAAGCGAAGUGCCUGAAUACCGUUUUCCACUUUAUGUUGAUGGAAUGCACGUUGAACCAUAUGUAAGAGAAGUUGUGAUGAAAUAUCCGAAACCUGGUUAUCCGAAUCCUAUUGUUACUUUUCAUAUAUACGAUACGACAACUCCUUUGAUUUCCCAAUCGGGUGCCGUUAAUUUUAUAAAUGAUUUUACUAGUGACGAUAAAAUAAUUACUGAAGUUUGUUGGGCUGGUAAUGAUAAUGUAUUGGUUAGAGUUAUGAAUCGUGUACAGGAUAUUGCGAGAGUUGUUCUAGUUGAUCCAGUUACUCGAAAUGGCGCAACAGUUCGAGAGGAAAAUGCCGAUAAAAUGGAUGAUGCUUAUCUAGAUGUAGUUGUCAAUAAUGGAUACAAUCAUCUUGCAAUUUUCUCUCCGUUAACUUCUAGUUCACCACGAUACCUCACCAGUGGUAACUGGGAAGUUGUGGAAGGUGUUAAGGCUGUAGAUCGUAAACGAGAACUUAUUACCGAAAAAUCAUCAAUGGAACGACAUUUGUAUUCAGUUAGUUUUGACGGAAAAACUAGAACUGCUUUAACCCCAACCAACGAGACUGCAUAUUAUUCUGUAAUAUUUUCUCCAGGUGCUGAAUAUUAUAAUCUAAAAUACGAAGGCCCUGAUGUUCCUUGGCAAAAAGUAUUAAAACUCAGUGAAUUACUUAAAACUAUUGAUUUACCCACAAUAAAACGUUUUACAGUGGAAAGUGAAGGAAAUCGACUCAACGUUAUGGAGAUCCGACCACCAGGAUUGGAUUUAACCGGACGUGAAAAACACCCUGUUCUUUUUCAUGUAUACGAAGGUCCAACUUCUCAAUAUGUUAAUACAAAGUUUAAUAUUGAUUGGCAUUCGUUUUUAGCGUCUUCACCACGCUUAAAAUAUGUUGUUGUGUUGGUUGAUACUAGAGGAACUGGAUUCAAGGGUCGUGCUUUUCGUUGUAGUGUAAGAAAACAUCUGGGAGAAUUCGAAUCAACAGAUAUAAUUAAUACAGCAAAAUAUUGGGCAAAUUUACCGUACGUUGAUUCUAGUAAAAUGGCCAUUUGGGGAUGGUCAUUUGGAGGUUUUGUAACUUCUAAAGUUAUCGAGAUGGAUUCUGGGAUGUUUCAAGUAGGAAUGGCUGUAGCACCAGUCACUGACUGGAGGUUCUAUGAUUCGAUUUACACGGAACGCUACAUGAAAACUCCUGCAUUAAACCCACAAGGUUAUCAACAUAGUGCUAUAACCAACAUGUCCGGGUUCGAUCAUGCCAAAUUCUUAGUAGUGCACGGAACUGGUGAUG